AAAAAGAGAAAGGAGGAAGAUUGACCGAGCAACUUUUCACUGUUACAGAUACACUCAGUUUAGGGGACCGUACGAUGGACAACAUGGAUCGACACGCGAGUCAGAACAGACCGCGAAAUCAGUUGUUGGCUGAUCCUUCCGGGCUGAAGCCGAAGGUGGAACCAACGUUCGACUACUCGCAGAUCACCAACGUGACAGCACUGAUAGGAAAGACCGCUUAUCUCACGUGUAGAGUUCGCAACCUGGGCGACAAGACCGUAAGAUCCUUUGCUUCAUCGAUCAUCCGAUUUCGAUCUCUAUUUAUAUCGUUGUCGAGUGAAUUCGCGUGUUUUCAAAGCCACCCGAAUGUCUGUGUUCGAUUUUUCCUCGAUUAUCACGAUUCUGAAAUUCCGUUUGCAAAGGUAUCCUGGGUGAGACACAGAGAUAUUCACAUUUUAACGGCAGGAGCGUAUACCUACACGAGUGAUCAGCGGUUUCAAGCGCUUCACAGACAAAACACAGGCCAAAGUAGCGAGUGGUCUGAAUGGACACUUUGCAUAAAGUGGGCGCAGGAGAGAGACCAGGGACUCUACGAAUGUCAAAUCUCCACCAUUCCAGUCAAGUCGCACCAAUUCCGUUUGACCGUUGUCGUACCGACAGCAACGAUACUCGGAGGUCCAGAGCUGUACGUCGGUGCGGGAAGCACGAUAAACUUGACGUGUGCCAUACACUUCAGUUCGGAGCCACCAGCCUACAUCUUUUGGUACUACAAUGAGAACGUAUUGAGCUAUGACAGUCCCAGGGGCGGCGUCUCGGUGAUAACUGAAAAGGGUGGCGACGUCACCACCUCUUGGCUCCUUAUCCAGACGGCGCAACCCUCGGACUCUGGGGAGUACAGCUGCAAGCCCAGCAAUGCCAACACAGCGUCCAUCAAAGUUCACGUCCUAAACGGUGACGAAUGUGGACCGUGUUGCGGGAAGAUGAGAACGAGUGACUUGUUUGUUGCAGGCGAGCGACCGGAAGCGAUGCAGACCGGAACGGCGGGGCCGAUUUUAUCCUCGAGCUGUCUUUUGGUGUCUCUCAUCAUUUUGUACAUAUCGUCAAUG